AUGGUAGGUUCAAGAAGAAUGGCACCAAAAUCCGCAAAGAACCAAGAGAACAUUAGCGCCAAGUUAGGUUUAGUUAUCAAAUCUGGUAAAUACACCUUGGGUUACAAAUCUGUUGUUAAAUCCUUAAGAACUGGUAAAGCUAAGUUAGUUAUAAUUGCUGGUAACACGCCAGUCUUGAGAAAGUCAGAAUUGGAAUAUUAUGCCAUGUUGUCUAAGACUCAAGUUUACUACUACCAAGGUGGUAACAAUGAAUUAGGUACUGUCUGUGGUAAAUUAUUCAGAGUUGGUACUUUAGCUGUUAUCGACGCAGGUGACUCUGAUAUCCUUUCUAGCCUUAACUAA